AUGUCGUCUCUGCGCAUCCUACUCAUCGGCAACGGCGGCCGCGAGCACGCCCUCGCCUGGAAGCUUGCCCAGUCACCGUUGGUGGAGUCGAUCGUCGCCGUGCCUGGCAACGGAGGCACCGCAGGCAUCCCCAAGGUCAUCAACGACACCUCGGUGGCCGCCGAUGACUACCCGGGACUCGUCGAAUUUGCGAAGAAAAAUGCUAUAAACCUCGUGGUACCGGGCCCCGAGGCACCCCUCGUCGACGGCAUCGAGGGCUUCUUCCGCGAUGCGGGGAUUCCUGUCUUUGGCCCGUCCAAAGAGGCUGCGGCCAUGGAGGGCAGCAAGACCUUCUCCAAGGAUUUUAUGAAGAAACACAACAUCCCGACCGCUACGUACGAGAACUUUUCCGACUACGAGAAGGCUUGCCACUACCUGAAGUCGGUUAAGCACAACGUCGUUAUCAAGGCCACCGGAUUGGCUGCCGGCAAGGGCGUGAUCAUCCCGCAGACUCAGGAGGAAGCCCUACAGGGGCUCAAAGAUAUCAUGCAGGACAAGGCAUUUGGUUCAGCGGGCGACGAAGUCGUCAUCGAGGAGUUUCUUAUCGGCGACGAACUGAGCAUCCUGUCGUUCUGCGACGGCACCACCAUCAAGUCCCUGCCCCCCGCCCAGGACCACAAACGUAUCGGCGAGGGUGAUACUGGCCUCAACACCGGAGGAAUGGGCUGCUAUGCCCCGACCAAGCUCGCCACGCCGCAGCUAAUUGCCCGUAUCGAGCGCGAGAUCCUCCAGCCUACCAUUGACGGCAUGCGCAAGGACGGCUUCCCCUUCCGCGGCUGCCUUUUCACCGGUCUGAUGAUCGCCCCCGACGGCACCCCCAAGGUGCUCGAGUACAACGUCCGCUUUGGCGACCCCGAGACGCAGACGGUGCUUCCGCUGCUCGAGACGGAUCUGGCGAAGAUUAUGUACGCAUGCGCCGGGCCCGUCCCGUAUCUCGAGGAUAUCACAUUCAAAGUCUCCUCCAAGUUCAGCACGACCGUGGUUGUCGCCGCCCCUGGUUAUCCGGAAUCAUACCCCAAGAACAUCCCCAUGCAGAUCGCGAACCCGCCUGACGGUAUCAACAUCUUCCACGCCGGAACCAAGCUGUCCGGAGAUGCGCUGCUGACCUCGGGCGGCCGCGUCAUCGCAGCCACCGCAACCGGCGACUCCCUCCGCGCGGCUGUCGACAAGGCCUACGAGGGCGUCAAGCUGAUCAACUUCGACGGCAUGUAUUACCGCAAGGACAUCGCCCACCGCGCCUUCCGCGCCACUGACACCACCGACAAACUCACCUACGCGCAGUCUGGCGUGAGCAUCGAUGCCGGCAACGAGCUGGUCGACCGUAUCAAGGCUGCCGUUGCCACUACCCGGCGCCCCGGCGCGGACGCCAUCAUUGGCGGUUUCGGUGGAGAAGUUGAUCUCUCAGCCGCCGGCCACCCCGGGGCGCCCAUCAUCGUUGGCGCCAUCGACGGUGUCGGCACCAAACUCAUCAUCGCGCAAAAGAUGAACAAGCACGACACCGUCGGUAUCGACCUCGUCGCCAUGAACGUCAACGACCUGGUCGUCCAGGGCGCCGAACCCUUCAUGUUCCUCGACUACUACGGCUGCUCGCGCCUCGACGUAUCCGUCGCCACCUCCUUCGUCGAGGGCGUCGCCAAGGGCUGCCGCGCCGCCGGCUGCGCGCUCGUAGGCGGCGAAACCGCCGAAAUGCCCGACCUCUACACAGGCGACGACUACGACGCCGCGGGCGCCGCCAUCGGCGUCAUGCGCGCGCCCCAGCGCCUGCCCCGCAAGGACGCCAUGAUCGAGGGCGACGUCCUCCUCGGCCUGGCCUCCUCCGGCGUACACUCCAACGGCUUCUCCCUCGUCCGCAAAAUCGUCGCCUCCCGCGGCCUGGCCUACACCGACCCCUGCCCCUGGACCACCGGCAACACCACCAUCACCCUCGGCGAAGCCCUCCUCACCCCCACCCGCAUCUACGUCAAGCCCUUGCUCGCCGCCCUCGCCGCCACGAGCGACGGCAACGCCGCCGCCAUCAAGGGCAUGGCGCACAUCACCGGUGGCGGCCUGACCGAGAACGUCCCGCGCAUGCUCCCCGCGCACCUCGCGGCCGAGAUUGACGUCGCUACCUGGGAGGUGCCGCCCGUGUUUGGCUGGCUGGCGUCGGCGGUCGAGCCGGCCGAGAUGGCGCGCGCGUUUAACAAUGGGUUGGGCAUGGUGCUGGCGGUGGAGGCGGCGAGGGCCGGGGAGGUGAAGGCGGUGUUGGAGCGGGAGGGCGAGACGGUGUGGACUGUGGGGAGGUUGGUGAAGAGGGAGCGUGGUGCUGGUGGGGAGGGGUUGAUGCGGGGGCAGUGGUGGUACUGGCUUGCAUGA